AUGGCGAAAUCCAAGAACUCGUCCCAGCACAACCAGACCAAGAAGGCUCACCGUAACGGUAUCAAGAAGCCUAAGACCCAGAGGUACCCCUCGCUCAAGGGUGUCGACCCCAAGUUCCGACGUAACCAUCGUCAUGCUCUUCACGGCACCAUGAAGGCUCUUAAGGAGCUCAAGGAGGGCAAGAGGACGACCGCUUAA